GUUUUUUUUUUUCCGCAAAUGGGAGUUCGUCUCCUUCGACGCCCACGCACAAAGAGAAGCGCUGCAUAGAAGCUCUGUUCACGCCAUUGGUAGCGAAGGAAAAUUCUAGCUGAAAGGAACGCCUAAGCCUGAUGAAUCUUAAUAUUGGCUCGGCGGAGUCCCUGGUGGCUCAAAUCCAAGGGCACUCAGGGAACAUCGCCGACCUAAAUAAUCUCCGGAACUACUUGAAGCAGUUCGACGAUUUUCUCCACUCCGAGGCUGCUCACCUCCCUCCUCUGCUUAACGAACUCGAUCCAGCGCAGCAUUCCCUUGGCUAUCUCUAUCUUUUGGAAGCUUGUACGGAUGGUCCACUUUCCAAAGAGCACUCCAAUGAGUUCAUCCUUACUGUAGCCAGAUUUAUCAAUGUGUGCUCUGCCGAGCAAAUCCGAUUGGUACCUGAUAAAUUUAUAUCUGUUUGCAAAAGGUUGAGGGAUCAAAUUAUGUUGCUUGAUGAACCCAUUCGUGGUGUGGCUUCAAUGUUGACAGCGUUGCGCAAGCUCCAAACAUCUACUGAGCAGUUAACAACCUUGCAUCCUGACUUUCUUCUCCUCUGUUUAUUAUCGAAAUGCUACAAAACAGGACUUUCCAUUUUGGAGGAUGACAUAUUUGAGAUUGAUCAGCCUCGUGAUCUUUUUCUCUAUUGUUACUAUGGGGGCAUGAUUUGCAUAGGACAAAAGCAAUUCCGCAAAGCAUUGGAACUCUUACACAAUGUUGUAACUGCACCUUUGUUGAUGAUUAGUGCUAUUACAGUUGAAGCAUAUAAGAAAUACAUUCUGGUUUCUCUCAUUCAUCUUGGACAGUUCUCUACCAGUUUCCCAAAGUACACUUCUUCAGCAGCUCAACGGAAUUUAAAGAAUUACACUCAGCCAUACCUUGAGUUAGUAAGCAGUUAUAGUACUGGAAAAGUAUCAGAGCUUGAAUCGUGUGUUCAGACAAACAGGGAAAAGUUUGAAAAUGACAAGAAUCUGGGGUUGGUGAAACAAGUCGUGUCUUCUAUGUAUAAACGCAACAUUCAGAGGUUGACUCAGACAUACUUGACUCUGUCCCUUCAAGACAUUGCAAAUACAGUCCAACUCAAUAGCCCCAAAGAGGCUGAGAUGCAUGUGCUUCAGAUGAUUCAAGAGGGUGAUAUUUACGCCACAAUCAACCAGAAGGAUGGGAUGGUUAGAUUCCUUGAGGAUCCUGAGCAAUACAAAACUUGUGAGAUGAUCGAACGUAUUGACACCUCAAUCCAGAGGAUUAUGAUGCUCUCAAAGAAGCUGACAACCAUGAACGAAGCCAUGUCAUGUGACCCAUCAUACCUAGGGAAGGUCGGAAGGGAGCGGCAGAGAUUUGAUUUUGACGAUUUUGAUACUGUUCCUAAGUUCAAUAUAUGAGAAGUAUUGUAUAAAUGAGAAGAUGCAUAGUCCUCAGUGCACUACUAUCCGCAACUCUUUGAGCCUGGAUAGUAGGGAAAACUCGUUUCACAUUCCAUAGCAUCGUAAAUGUUACUUGACUAGAACACUUUCAUAGCUCAAGGGAGCCGGGGCUAGGUGGGUAUGGGGGCAACUUUAUGAAAAAGUCAUUUAUUCUA